CAUCUACCAAAGGUAUUCCAAUGCCAAUUUCCAAAUCAUAUGGGGAAAAAAAUUUGAGUCAUUGGACUUGUGAGGUCCUUACAAGAAAAUUACUUAUCUAUUAAUUAUCUUCACAGGGUAUCUAAAAUGCCAGAUUCUGAAGUCGGAAGUGAUACCUCCUCAUGCUAUAUCCCUAGGUUCCCCACCGAAGUUACUGAAGUAAUUCUAUCAAAAUGUGAUGGAGCGACUCUCUUGGCAGCUAAGGCAGGGGACAAUAUAUGUGCUAGAAUUAUUGAUACGAGAAUUAACUGGCAGCAAAGAUGUAUGAGUGAGAUUCCAGAGUGUUUACGUGAGGAACUGCUUCUUCAAAUGUAUCCAAAAUAUUGGUUCACAGAUAACGUCAACUGGCCAACCGUAUUUGAGACAUGGGUAAAGUGGAAUAAAUUUUUCACUAACCUGGGUAAAUCAAGUGAAGUGCAGAGAAUGGAAGAACCACCUUACAGCAUCAAUUGUGUUGAAGUAUCGGGUGAUGUUGCUUUUGUCGGUCAUGCACAAGGUGUUCAAUCUUAUAACUUGACGUCAGGUGAAUCAACUGUCAUUUUCCAUGGAAUUGCUGUUGACUCCAUGGAACUAUUCACACAACCUGGUGCUCCUACGCAUGACAACGAAAUAUUAAAGGGAUGCCUUCACGACAAAUUGGAUUUAUAUUUGAAGCCUCGAUUUCAUAAUGUAAUUGACCUAAGAAAGAGAUAUCAUCACUCUCGCAGUUAUAACCCUGUGCGGGAGAAGGUGUUGACAAAGUACUGCAAAAAUGCCACUCUCCACCUCAAAGAAUCCGAAUAUAAUAACUAUUUUUCAAGUGGAGACUUAAUACUGCUGUCGGGUGAAGACGUUUACUCAGUUCCAUCUGAUUGCGACAAUUCAAAAGGCAUUUGUCUAUAUAAUAACACGAUUUCAUACUUUGUUAAGAGUUCACCUCUUGUCAUGGCAGCAUUAAACUUUAAGUUGGAGAGAGUCUCCUCUUGUUUCUCUGCAGACAUGAAGUCACGGCCAAUUGAUUGUGCUUGUGGCUGUCUGCGCGCAAUGGCAUUUAAGUUGAAAACCUGGAAAUGCGGAAUGUUCUUUGCCAUCAGUAUGUGCAAUAGGCUUUACAUGAAUUUGAGAAAUUCAAGCAUCUAUGUGUAUUUGAAAGAAAAGGUCAUUACAGCCAUUGAGUUAUUUCAAAAUUUCCUCAUUUUGGGAACAGAUGUCGGAUAUUUAUUCCUGUAUCAAAUUCAAAAACUGGAAGAUCUUCUCCAAUUUGACUUUAAUAGCCCCAUUCACCGAAUUGAUGUGGAUGACUCUGCAAUUAUUGCCAUUCAUAGUUACCAAAAAAAUUGUACUCCUGGUCUUGCAGUGGCAACUCGAUCUUGUCUUUAUCGGAUCACAGCCAACGUCUAAGUAUUUUUAUGUUUCCCAGGCUUCUUUUUAAGCCUUAAAAAUUUAAGGCCUUGAAAUAUCUUUAAAAUCACUGUCAGUAGCCACCUUGUUGCAUGAAAACCAUUUCAAAACCCUAAUCCUAGCUGCUGUUGGUGCAAAUGCUGUAGCAAUUACAGUAAGACCUCAAUUUAUCGGAUUUCACAGGACCGGAGGCCGAACCCGAUAAAUCGCGGAAUCCACUAAAUCGUGCUAGUGGGUCCUGCUGAAGGGACCGGAGGAUCGAUCCGUUAAAUUGCGAUCCGAUAAUUCGAGGUCUUACUGUAAAGUGAUUGAAUAUCCCAUCAAAAAAAUCAUUAAUUCUAGGAGGUGAGUUCUCUUUAAACAAAUUCUUGAAAUAUUUAAAGUGAGAAACCCUUUCCAAGUAUUCUUCUAUUCUUGUAAAAAUUGAAUUGUGUAUUUUUGCACGUUUUUUAUGAGCUUUUUAGUUCAUCUCUUUGCUCAUUUUUAGUUAUCUAUGUUGCAUUGUUUUUAUGUUACAUUGUGUUGCACUGUAACCUUACGUCCUAAAUCAAUUUAAACAAUUUCUAGAAUCUAACAAUACUUCGAAGCCAAAUUGUUUCCUUCUAUUCAUAGAUUACACAUAAUUUUGUAUCAAAGAAGAGUGGGAGGGUUCCUUCCUUUGUAAAUUUGAAGUGUUUUUUAUAGAAAGUGUCAUCACUCUUCAAAAAGUGCACAGUGGUCAUUCCCAGCACUAGUUGUUGGUCUUGAAUGAAAUGAAAUGUUGUCAAGUUCAUCAAGACAAUACAAGGAUUUCUUCUCGACUUCGCAACAUCAUUUUUCUUUUUACUCGGGUCAUCAGUGACCUUUAUAGUGAUUCGCAUUCCGGUUUGAGAAUGAAGUGGUAGAAUCACAUUCCUAUGGUAAAAUUAUAAAAAUGCGGAUUUCGAUUGCAGUGUUUCAAAAUUUCUAUUGUUUCUUAAUUUUCGUUUUACAAAAUAUUCCUGGAUAUUUUCGCCCAAAAUUUUCAGAGUAUAUUCUUGGAGGAGUAAAAGAAUCACUUAAAAUUGUAUGUUCUAAUGAUGAGUUUUCCUCCAAGAAAGUAAGCAAAUUCAUGUAUAUCUGGAAAAUAGAAAAUCCGCAACAUCAUUAAUUGAAGUGGAUGAUUUGGUAGUUUUACCACCAAUUUGCUUUUUUUGAAAGUAAUGAUCUCUAUUAAUUUUUUUUGUUUUUGUAUUUUUACAAUGCGAGAAUACUGUAUAUUUUCGAAGACAACUAAUCCAAAAGACUUUCUGCUCAAUGAAGUAUUUUAGCAUUCAAAAAUCCCUGUGAUUUGAGUUUUCAGAGGUGGCGAAAAUAAGCUGUUGCCACAUGUACAUCUAAUUAACGUGCUGUGGAAUCCAAAAACCUGACACGUGGCACACAGUUUUGCAACAAUUGCAACAAAUAAGAGCACUUGCAACUCAGAUGAGGCCGCCUGUUUCUGAUAGCUUUGCCACUAUCAAAGAGCUUAACUGAAUCGGUUAAAAACGGCAUAAUAGUUACCAGCAAUAAUUUGUUUGAAAACCUCUAGCCGAGGUACCACAAGUGCCAUUUGUGCUCAGUCACUAUGUUGCCAAACUUAUCAAACUCGGCCAAUUUUUUUAUGGAAAAACUAAUGGACAAAAUCACUUAAAAAUGUUACCUAAUAUUUCUUGGGUCAUUUAGAUAAUCCUUGAAAUUUUCAUGAAAGUAUGCAUAUGCAAAAGGGUUAAAUAAGAAAUCAAAACAUUAUUGAGAUUUCCUGCAACAUAGCGUCCAAGCAUUAAUGUCGCUUGUGAUACUUUGGUCAGAAGCUGACGAUAAUAUCUUUAUUUUUCAUACUUUAUACUUAAUACUUAAAUAUUUCUCCUGGCAUAUAUAUGGAAAAUUAGAAAGGGAAAGAAAUUGGGAUAAAACAAUUUUUGUUCUAAUGCCUUAAUCAAGACUGGUAACUAAUUUAUACUCACCCAUCGUCCUGUAUUUCAUUGGGCACUAUUUGGAUGUUGUCCUCGUUGGUAUAAGGUUCAAAUUCUCAAGGCCUUGAUGCUCAUAAAUCCACAACAUUUUAACCAUUUUAUCUUUGACUGUUAGAUUCCUUAGGACAAGAAUGUCAAGUGAACAUCAAACUUAAGUGUUCAACUGGAAUCUUGAAAACUUUGGAUAGACUUUUGAAAAUCUGUGGUUGAAGGAGAGAAAGAUCAGAUCGGUAACAAGAGACUGCGAUAUUUCCCUCUUUCAUGAGCAGUUAAGGCCUCAAACUUUCUCACUCGUUGACUGGUUUCACUUCGUAGGAUAAAUAAAAACCAUUUCACUUAGCUUCUUCAAAAACUUUUUUCACAUUUGAACCAAAGUGUAUUACCUUACCUAUUUAAAAAAAAAGAGAGAGAAGAAAGAGACAAAUUUUAGCAUUUGUUAGUGAUAGUCAACUAUGUUGAAUGUAAGAUCUCGAAAGGGCCCCUAGACAAAAUUUAAAUUUGAGCACUAUGAAACUUAUAUUCUCUUUAAACUUGCUGGAAAAAACAAAUCACUCAACAGAAAACUUGAAAAUCAACUCCUAAACAAGAUAUGAAUGUUCACAGUUAACAUUGGUUAAAUGGAAAAAUACAAAUGAUGUAAUUCGUAUAAUCUAACUUCCAUUUUAUCUGUGUUGAAAGGACUUGUUAAUAUGUUGCUCAGGAGUUGAGUCCAAAACUUCCCGUUGAGUGAAUUAUUUUUGACAUAAGAUUUUACACAAAUAGACACAUGAGGUAUAUUUCUGGCUUAGACCUUGUCUUGUCGCCCAUUAAGUAUGACUUUAUUAGGCCUUGCUGUGCAUUAUUUUUGUAGCAUUCUUUUAAAUUUUUGUUGAAGCUAUUUUUUCAUUGUUUGCUCAGGUAAUGUUAACAGAAAGUUUAUAUGUACAAAGUGUUCUCAUGGUAAACUAGGACUGAGUAAUUUUUUGUAAGUAAGCGAGUUCUCAACUUUAUUGAAUGAUGACUCAUGAGAGUUUUACAAUGUUAUAUCUCAGAGCAUGUGAGUAAGAUUGUAACUCCAAUUUUUCCUAAAGAAUAAUGACUAAAUUCAGGUAUUUAUCCACAGUUGAGAAGAAGUCAUGUGUAAUGGAGUUUAUCUAGUAUAUUUUCAAGAUUUUCUAUUCCUUUUUUUAUGUUAUUCUGAGGUAUGACAGGAUCUUCACUCCUCUUCACCUUUGACUUUUUCUAUCUCAUUCUUAUGGAAGGGAAUUCAAAGUAUAAAUUGUUUUUGAUAAUCAAAUCAAAUCUUAAAGGCUACAAUCGUGAACCCGCAACAGUUCUGAUAUGCCAUGAAAUUAUUCUCAAAAAAAUGCAACAAUUUGUUUUUUAUAUUUGUAUUUUUUUAAAGAAACGUAUUUUACAAUGAUUUGAUCACAUUUCUUCCGUAUUAUUGUAGCUUUAGGUUUUGAAAAGACCAGUACAUAUACCAAAUCCACCAGUCUCAAAUCUGAUCUCCAUAAGAGAUUGUUUUUUUAUUUUUCAUAAAUUAACGUAAGCAAAUUGUUUCCAAAUUAACUUAAUUUUAGCCCUUAAAAAUACCAGUACUUCCAAUGCCAAAUGCAGUGUUCCUAAAUUUCACGAAACGAACUAGCUUCAUUCAUCGAUUUUUUUUUCAAAUAAGCUUCUUUUAUUUGGACACGUUAUUUCAAAUAAUAUGCUUAGAAUUGGAUUGUUUUUAUUUUUAAGAUUUACAAACCUUACAAUAUUUCAAAAUCUAAUGAUUAUAAUAAAUCCUCGAAAGACUUAUUCUUUAAAUGAACCUUCUCAGUCUUUAAAUUAGCUCUAUAUUUUAAUUUUUAAGACACUCUGAGAGGAAGUACUAAAACUUAUUGUUGAGAUUCAUUUAUCAGAUGCUUGAUCUCAUCUGCGCUGCGGCUGAAAACUUUUUGAGACAGUUUCGAGGCAGUUCUUCUGAAUAACAUGCUCUCAGAUCUGAAGUUGCAAAGUGGAACCUUGGUAGCAUACAUUGGCCCAUUAAAAUCCUUUAAAUCAAAAGCUGAGUUUCUACCACUUUUACCAUGAACUCUAAUUUUCUCCGUAGAUUUUCAAUUAUUAUUUUCAAUGUACAGCAUGAGUCUUUGCUAUGUCUAACAGGAUACAUGAAGCUCUAUCUUAUUAUAAAUUCUACUUUGAUUUUUUAUGCCCUUUUAGUUGUAUGCAAGUGAUUUUUGGUUUGGUGCUUCAUUUCCUGAACAGGUCUGUUAUCAACCCUUAUUUGGAUGUAAUUUAGCAGAAAGGAACCAAUGUAAUUAUAGUGUUGCGCAAAUCGUGCAACGUUUUCUUUGCUUUUAAAAAAAAUUGAAUGCAUGUACUUUUGAUGACUUUUACAGAAUAGUUCUCUCUAAAAAUUGACCAUUUUUUGGCAGAAAAACCAAGAAAAUUUUGGCUUGUAGAAAUCUUUGAGAUAGAACAACGUUGCACGAGUUUUGCAACACUGUAACCGCAUUGAGUCCCCUCUCCUAAAUUCGAAAAAUAACUAGUAAAAUUCUGCCGUGCUAAGGAAGAACUUCGUGACUUUUUGUCACUUAAUGUAAACUGUUAAUGUAAAAGGGUGCUCUUCAAAUCAUCAAAAAUUGGAAUAUGUUUUCGUGACCUUCCUCUAUCUUCCCUGAAGGUAAAAAUAAUAUUUUUUUUAUUCUUUUAUGUUAUUUUCCCUCCGCUGAAUGAUAUUGAGAAAAUUGUGUAAUGUGGUCACACCAAACUUACUGAUUGCAUCAAUGAAAUCGUCAGAUUUUUCAUCAGCAUGAUGUUUGAAUUUUGCACUUUUAUGAUGCGCACACUGAUUAUGUCCAUGUUUUAUCUUCUUUUCAUCAGUGCCUUAUUUAAAUUGUUAAAUUUCAUGGAUUGGUGCACAAUCAUGUGCAUACGUUUGGUACUUCCCUUAGAGUUGAAUCAUUUUAUUUUUUUGUAAUUUAUUUAAAACGUAGCAUUUAGGAUAACAGUAACGGUGUUUUCUUAAAUUGAAUGAUUUAAAGUUUGUGUCAAAUUGGUUUGCAAACGUUUAGACUGUAACCAUCGAUCUGUCAGCUUGAUUUUCAUGAUGAAAUUAUUGACUUUUGUAUAAGCAAUAAAAAAUUCAAAAUAAAAUCUUACCCAAGAAAUCUUACACUUCCUCAA